AUGGACGGAGUCGUGCUUGGGCAAGGCGGGUUUGGAACCGUUCGAAUUUAUGAGGACAGGCGCGGCAAAAAGCUGGCUUUGAAAUACCUGAGCGGACGGGCAUCAGACCACGAAAGGGAGCUGAACACUUUGCGAGAAUUGAUGCACAACAACAUUGUCCGCUUCUACGAACAACCAGAAGAUUAUGAGGGAACCGACACGGGGCAGCAGUUGAUCUUUAUGGAGUAUUGUGAAAUUGGCACAUUGCGGUCUGUAAUCACUGAUAUUGAAGUGCUCUAUACGGUCAAAACCAUCAUCGACUGGGCUAAAGCGUUCUAUGACGCCUUAAAUUAUAUAGAAGGGAAAGGAAUAGUGCAUCACGACAUCGCCCCGAAAAACAUUUUCCUAACGCGUCAUUACGUCCCCAAAAUUGGUGACUUUGGAAUCAUGCGGUUGGUUGACGAUCCCGAUUUUACGCCACGAGGCACACCAGCUUACAUGCCACCAGAAGUUGUGGCGGGCAAGCCGAUACCCAGGGAGGAGCGUUUCAAGUGUGACAUUUAUGCAAUGGGCCGUGUGAUACGAGAAACGACGACACGCAGACCAUGCGCUGCUGAGGAAGGGCUAUCGGAGCAACCCAGUCCGAUUGAGCACCAACUAUAUGAACUUUUUAAAAAGGCGUGCAAUGACGACUUUUCUCUCCGACCCCGGGCCGCCGAAAUGUUUGUUUACUACGAUAAUCUGACAUCCACCUACCAGCCGCAGCUCGAUGCAAAAAUUGACGAUCUCAUCUUAAACUUUUACCAACCGCAGAAUCAUUGGUGUUACCCCAGGCUGGAGCGUGGUUACAACAAGGAGUGGAUUCCCGAUCUAUACGCCGACCUUGAUAGCCAAAAUAUCAAUCGGAUGCGCCAAGCCCUGAUUAACGAUUUCCAGGCGCAAAACCCAAAUCGCGAAUCCAUAGAGAGGGCUAAGGACUACGAAUCAGUGCUGGACCGCUACCGGUAUUUGAUCGCCAAUGAACAAGCCGGCCUCGAUCCGUUUAUGCGGCUGCUAUGGCUGAAUACGACUCUAUUAGAUUUGUACUUGAUUGGGGCGAAUGCCGCGUACGGAGAGGACCACCGUUGGAUAGAGUGGAAGGGGACGAGAUGGGACGUACGGCUUGACUUCGAGGCCAUUCGACCCUCAACGCCAAAAGCCGGCUGGCCCACCGCGCGUCAGACCAAACCCGACGGGCAAACAUUGAGACGUGCUUUGGGUGAUCGUAUCUCAUCAAUGAAGUGUUUCAAUGCAUGGCCCGUGAUUGAGGACUCUAAGGCAUUCAAGGAUGUCGCGAGCAGUUGGAAAGAUCAACCUAUGCCAAACGAAUUGACUGGCUUGCCGAUCGCUUACGUCUUCCACCCGAACCAACCACCGGUUGCUGGGGAUGUUCUGCCUUGGCCCCUCACCAAGUGGCGCUCAUGGAACGACUUCAUGACGAGGAGGGAAGCGAGCAAGGUCCCGAGGGAGGAGAUCGAGCUUUUAAUUGCUACUGAAAAUCUAAACCGAACCGACACGUCAAAUCACGCAAAGCCAACCGCAGAAGAGCACAAAUUUAUCGCAGCCCAUACGCUCUAUGAAAAGGCGUUUCGAUACUUGAUGUAUUGGGAGCUACGUGAAAUGCCCUAUAUUUUCUAUCUCCUCAUCAUGGAUCUACUAAAAGAGAUCGACAAGUGGGGCGAUCAGCUUCCGGAAUACCCAAUUUUUGUCAUGGGAAAUGAUGAUCGUUUCGGGGCGCUGCUCGUUUUGUGGGAUAAGAAAUCGCUCGAAGAACGUCCCGAAAAACCUCUGUUAAUUGGGCCUGGAUUUAAGCCCAUCGAUGUUAAUUCCGCAGUGAUCAGCUUAAAGGUCGAGUUUGCCGCCCGAAUUUUGGAUUCGCGAAACACCAGGGAGGAUGAGCACAUAUUCCGCGAUCUCGUCAGCCGGACGUAUCCUAUAAUGGGACAGAAUGUUUGUGAGGAUUGUUUUACUGGUCUAACGAUUGUGAAUUUGCGCGAGCUUCGACCGAUGCUCCAGAAAAUGAUCGACCACGCGCGCAAACUCGUAUCAUUCCGCAAUCCAUACAUGAAUGAUGAGGAAAUCAGGCUUACCGAGGCGCAGUCUAUAGAACAAAGAGCUUACGAAGAGAGCAUGCAAAUGGCCAUCGAGGACUUUUGGAGCUCACGAAACAUCAUCAAGACACAAUGGCAUGAUGGCGAGAGUGUAGUCGAGGUCCGAAUCGGCCAAGACCAGCUCUUACCCCCUGUUGGCUUGGACAGUGUUGAACCAGCGGAUUCCAAUGAUGCCCUGAAUCCGCCAGUAGCCGAGAUGACCAUCGUUGCGCAGAAGGGCAAGGGGAAAGACGAUUCGACCCUGGGGCCGCCAGGAAUUGGAGACUGGACGUUAGUUGCCCGCUCCUCGGGAGGCGAACAGACAGUCGGAGAAGCCAAAUCACCGCUGGGCCCAAAACUGAAGUUGUGGCUAAAGACGCUUGAUCUGGAUGUGCAAUUCGAUGAUGUGAUCCUGAAUUUUUAUCAGAAGGAUCAUAGCUGGUGCACCUCUCGUAUGAGACGUACCGUCAAAGAAGAUGGCUUUGAAACCAUCAUGAGUGCUUGCCACCGCGAUCCCGAGUAUAACCACGAUCUACCGGCCAUCCGUUUCCGCCAAGCAUUCUGGGAGGCCGACCUGGAUUCCCAGAAAAUUAAUGCCAUUCGCCGAGAGCUGGUUGUGCAAUUCCGGGUCGCGAUGAUG